AUGACCAGUCAAGAGGACGAGAGCCGCCCAGGCGACGGCGGCAGCGGCGGCGGCAGCGUCGGGUCGCAAGGAUUGCCUGGCGCGCAGGCGCCAGCCGAGCCGCGCUCUCUCUUCGACGUCGCGCAAAGCGACGUUAGUUCCGAGGAGGGCACGACCGAAACAGCUCUCACUGGAGUCCCCCAAGAUGAUGACGAAGUGUUCGUGGGCGAGACGCAGCACAAGCUACAGUUUGGGCCGGCGUACGGCGGUUCUGCGGCAGAUCUCCGUACAGCAGUCCGCCAGUCCGCGCUCCACGAGGCUCCGCCGGCUACACGCUACAGAGGCUCCGAGUCGACCGAGAACCUACCCUACGCUGUUGAGCAGUCGCCGCCACUCAGGGCGGCAGCGCGUCGUUCCGACAGGGGGACCGCUGUGAGGCAGCACCGCUUCCACAGUGAUGGCGACGUUCUGGAGGACGAGGUGGUGUACCACCAUCCGGAGAGACUGGACGCAGGGAGACACCAUCGCUUCCACAGCGCGGGCGAUAUCCUCGAAGAAGAGCCCGUGGUACAACUGAGGCGAAAAUUGCGGCAGGCUGAGCAGCUGGAACGGACGUCUUCACUCUCGCGAAACGUCAACGGCUACCGUGGCAGUCUACCUCCGCAGCGAACUUCGUCAUCCAGGGUCUCUAGCAUUGGUGACAAGAUGGUGCUGCAAAUGGCACUGCCACAAAGAAUCACACAACAGUCACGACCCAACAGUCUGCCAGUCGCUGUUGAUUCUUAUUCUGCCUCACAAAGACGAACCAUUAGUGCUUCAAGUAGUCGACAUGAUCUGCUGCCUAGGUCAGCAAGCCGUCAAUCGAAUGACUCAGCAUUUCUUGGAUCCUUAGUAUCAACUACAGAUCUUGCACCUACUGAGCAACGGGAGAAGAUUAGGUCUUUCUGGUAUUUGUUGACAAUAGUCUUAAGCAGCAUCUAUGCUGUGUUCAUUGUCAGUGUGGGUCUCCUAAUUUAUAUUUCUGACAUUUUCAUAGAUGUUAGUCCAAUGUCUGAGAUUUUCAACAUCUAUCUAGUAUGUGUUGGUCUACUGUAUUUUGUCUUCUUAUAUAUUGACAUAACAUGCUACACAAGGAAAGAAAAGGCAAAAACAUGGACAAUUAUACUGCUGAAAGAUGACAUUGUUCUGUAUGGUGUUCCUCCUUCAAAAUUUGUGAAUGUUGUGAAGCAGGACUACAUGUUUUUGCUAGAGAACCUCUCAAGUGGAACCCUGUUUAUGCCACAGAUCUUCACCAGAGACUAUAUUAUGAUCUGGGAAUCUGAGUCAGUGGAGUAUGUUGAAUAUGUGGAGUCACCAGAGGGUGAGCUAAAUGUCUCAGUGACUCUGCCGAGUGCCAAAUUAGCAAAAAAUGUUGAAGAUAUGCCAGAAGAAACAACAGUGCAUCAAUACUGUUUCAGUCAAGGACGACAUUCUGGGAGUUUUUAUCUCAAAUUGGGGGCUGCAGUGUUCUGCUUUGGACAUCUAACACACUAUGGACUUCUAAUAGGAUCAGAAUUUAUUUCAUUGACAUCAGCAACAGAUGAAAUUCAGUCUUGUACGAAUGUUCCUAUGCUUGUCCUGGAUAUUAUUUAUCCUGUGUACUCAUUUUUCCAACUGUUUUUCAUAUUCAAAUAUUCAAAUGUAAUAAUAAAUAAGCUACAGAUUUUAGGAAGAUUUGCAUUGAUGCACUGUAUAGCAACCAGUAUUUGCUUCUGGAUGUGGACCAUCAUGCGUGAAACACUGCUUGCUCUGAAUGGAUAUAACAGUUCAAGUGAAAACUACAUAUCAGUGUUGGAAAGCGAAUCUCCUGUUGCUAAUUUAUUUAAAAAAUUAAGAUCAGUACUGAUGGAUGCGUCUCUGGAAUCCAGCAAUAACAGUGGUGUUAACACUUUCAUUAACCCUUAUUGUUCAAAUUAUACUGGAAUGUCAAUCAUUUACCAAAAUGUUUCUCCGUAUUUAUACCCUUUCUCAAUUGAGUACAGUAUUCUUAUUGCUGGUGUUUUGUACAUCAUUUGGCAGAACAUAGGGCAAUGCGGCACAGUGACAGGAGGGCACUGCAAGCUCUUGAUGAACCCUGAAAGCAGUAAUUUGUCCAUUCAUGUUGACUGUCAUUCAGCAAAUAAAGGACUCUUUGCUGGAAUCAUAGUGCUUUUAACUUCUGUCGUGAGCAUCAUACUAUUUUUUGUUGCAGUCACUGAUUCAAAUUAUGUGACUAUUGGAGUGGAUGUACAUAUGUGGACAGAAUUUGCAAUUCUGAUUCUCAUGACAGUUACAGUCUUGUUUGCAUACUGGCAAAUAAUAACUUUGGAUGUUAAUGAACACCCUAUAUCACUCCUAGAUGAUUUGCUGCUUGCAGUCUGCUUGCCAGCUUAUUUCUUCUAUGCAGUAUUAAGCCUUUAUCCAUCUGUCGUAUACAGUGAGAUAGUCUUUAGUAUCAUCAUCUUGCUUCGGGUCUUACAAGUGCUAAUACAAACACCAUUCAUCAUUGAUGGUCUUCGUCGCUGUAGCAAUACUAGAUCACUUCGACAGAAAAAGCCAGGACGUGAAGUUGUGACACUUUUGAUAGUGUGCAAUAUUGCAUUGUGGAUGAUGCAGACAUUUGAAAUAAAAUCUAGUGGUACAAAGGAUCAUAGAUACGAUUUUUAUGGGAAAAGCGCAUGGACAGUUAUAGGACAUUUGCCUAUACCAUUAAUGAUGUUCUAUAGAUUUCACUCUUCUGUAUGCUUGGUGGACAUAUGGAAAUCUGCAUAUGAGCCCGGAGAAUGAUGACUGUGUAUCAUCAGACUAAAAACUGAAUUAGUCAAACUGGAUGCAAGCAGUUAUGUGAAAAAGGA